GCUACACGCCAUCUGACAAUGUGCGUGAGAGAGUUGAUUACAUGCGCAGGCUGAAAAAGCUGAGUAUGAGAAUUGAGUGAGAGAGUGUGGAAAUUGAUUAUUCAAAAUGCGCACUAGCUCCCACCAAUAGAAAGCGCACAGACCAAACUCCAUCCAAUACUCCACCCGCAUCACUUCCAAUAAACAAAUGACACAGCACCAAAACAUUCACAUUUAACACAUCUUUCUUUCUCUUGAUUUUCGUUAACCAUCUUUCUUCUCUGUGUUUCUGAGUGCAAUUUGCUGGUGAAUUGUGUUGAGAAAGUGCAAGUUUUCUGGAUUUUAUUGGGCUGCUUCUUGUUUGGUGUGUAUAAUGGGGAACUGCUGGUGUAGGCUACCUUCAAUAUUCAGAGUGUCAUCUGAUGCAAAGUCAGACUUGGCAAAGGAACAAAGUCCAUCAGAAAGACCAAGAAAAGAUGAUAGUAAGCUACCAUUAAAUCCUGAAGAAGUAGAACACCUGCGCCAGAGUUCGGGAAGCAAUCCUUUAACAGUGUUUUCAUUCGAUGAACUUAAGAUCAUCACUGAAAACUUCAGACAAGAUUAUAUGUUGGGUGGAGGAGGAUUCGGAAGCGUGUACAAAGGAUACAUUUCCCAAGAUUUAAAAGAUGGGCUUCUUCAGCCAAUCGUGGUAGCUGCUAAGGUUCACAAUGGAGACAAUAGUUAUCAAGGCCAUAGAGAAUGGCUGGCCGAGGUUAUCUUUUUGGGGCAGCUUUCUCAUCCAAAUUUAGUGAAAUUGAUUGGAUAUUGCUGUGAAGAUGAACAUCGAGUUCUAGUAUAUGAAUACAUGGCCAGAGGCAGUGUGGAAAACAAUCUAUUUUCAAUUCACUCGUUGCUUGCUAGUGCAGGAGUAUUGCUUCCUCUUCCAUGGUCUAUCAGAAUGAAGAUAGCUUUUGGUGCAGCAAAAGGGCUUGCUUUUUUGCAUGACGCUGAGAAACCUGUCAUCUACCGUGAUUUUAAGACAUCUAAUAUUUUAUUGGACAUGGACUACAAUGCAAAACUCUCUGAUUUUGGCCUAGCAAAAGAUGGACCAGUUGGGGACAAAUCUCAUGUUUCCACUCGGAUCAUGGGGACUUAUGGAUAUGCUGCACCCGAAUAUAUUAUGACAGGUCAUUUAACUCCUAGGAGCGAUGUGUAUAGCUUUGGUGUUGUACUACUUGAACUUUUGACCGGGAGAAAAUCUUUAGAUAAAUCAAGACCAGCUCGAGAACAGAAUCUUACAGAUUGGGCUAUCCCCUUGCUUAAAGAAAAGAAGAAAUUGCUUAACAUAGUAGAUCCAAGAUUAGGAGGUGAUUAUCCAGUAAAAGGUGUUCAUAAAGCAGCCAUGCUUGCUUACCAUUGUUUAAAUCGUAAUCCAAAAGCACGGCCUCUAAUGCGAGACAUUGUAGAUUCCUUAGAGCCUCUUCAGGAUCCCUUCGAACACAUCACAACUCAGAAGUCUAGUUUCACUAUUGUUAAUUAGUAUUGGUGAGAACUCAAAAUAACAAGAUUACACUCAGUUUUGGGCUUUAGUAGAUUUGUUUUUGAUCUUCUUGUAUAUAUUAUUUGGUUUUGUUGAGUAUACCUAAAAGUAGUUUAUAUAUAUUAUUUGGUUUUGUUGAAA